UUCUACCAUCUUCCACGCGCCACGUGAAGACCGAAUACCGGCAAUAUAAAAGCGCAGCGCGCGAGGAUGAAAAAAUCAGUUGCAACUUUCCUUUCGCCAAACGCCAGCACAACCCAAGGCAAAAUCUAAGCUAAUAUCACACACGCCGUUAGUGCAAACAAUAAUAAUCACGUUCAUUCAAGUUUCAAGUGUUCAAAACUCCUCAAACAACAAUGAAAGUUAUUGUGUUACUAGUAAGUUUCGCAUCACUUGCCGCCUGUGGAGUUAUCCACGAUGGCCAUCAUCACCAAGCCACAUCAUAUCAAAGCAUCCACAUGGAACACUUCCAUCCGAUACCGACAUACGCAAAAAAAGAAGACAUGCAUUACCUUGAGCAUCCAGUCAGUGAGGGGAAGACCGAAUCCAAAGUGGAAGUUCAUCAUGGCAGCAAACACGAACCAGGAUACGCCGUAGCCGCCAUCCACUCCGAAAUCUAUGGUCAUCAUGGCGGACAUAAAUUCGUCGCUGCUGGAGGACAUUCUUACGAACAUGACGAUCAUCAGGAGCAUCAAGCUGAACAACAUGCUGAUGUUAAACAAUACGAACCUGCGCAAUACCACGGUGGAUACUCUGAAGAAGUCGGUCAGGAUGAAGCACACAGCCAGGAGGAACCCAGCGGCCAUUACCAAUACAGUCAGGAAGCGGCGCAUGAAGGCGACGAAAACGCUUCAUAUUAUCACGAAGGACAACAGGGUGAUGAAGGUGCGCAUGGUAGCUACGAACAGGGUCACGAAGAAAGCGGUGAACACUAUUAAUACUAUCCUGAAAAAUUUGUUUAGAUUUAAGCAUUGUUAAGUAGGUUUAUAGGUGUCACUUACUUAAGUCUCGAUUGUCACGAAUGUGCGGUGUGAAAACGUGUCUCUGAAUGAAU